CCUUUGCUGCCUCGUCAUCAUCCACCAUGGCUGGCCCUCAACCUCAUCAAUCCAACGGAAUGGUGACAGGAGAGGCUAGCCAGGAUCGCGUCCUCGUCAUUGGAUCGAUGGCCGCUGCGCAGAGCGGCCAGUACCAGCAGGCUGUGCAUGAGGCUGGUCAGGGUGGAGAGAAGCAAGUUGAGAUGCAUAUGGCCGAUCGUCUCACUGACGGAGCUACCACACUCAGCCCCUCCACCUACGCAAUGGCCAUCCUCCUCCUCACACCUUCUGAUGCACAGAACGGCGGCCUACUGUCCACCCUUUUGGCUAGUCUGCGAGACAAUGGCUCGAUGACCAUCCAGCUUGUCGGUCAGGCAGACGAGAGCAGCGUCAAGAGGACAAGAGGCGAGGUCAUCCUCGCAGGAUUCACAAAGGCAGUUGUCCAGGAGGGAGGCCAGAUCGUCGCACAGAAGCCUGCUCAGAGCGCCGCAUCCAUGGGCCUGGAGCGCAACGGCACCAGCAACGGCGUCUCACUCAACAAUGGUGCCUCUUCUUCAUCCUCUUCGUCAUCUGCUGCCCUCCCAUUGAGGCGAAAGGCAGCCAACGGCUCCUCGUCCAACGGCUCCGCCAAGUCCUCGCUUUGGGCCACAAGCACCCCUCCUCAGAUCAAUCCGGAGUCCCUUCUUAGCGAAGCAGACCGCCUCGUCCCCCAAGCGGCUCGCCGGGAGGACUGUGACCUGGAGUCUGCCCUCGCCGGCGGACGAAGGAAGAAGGCGUGCAAAGGCUGCACGUGCGGGUUGCGCGAAUUGGAGGACGAAGAAGAAUUGGCUCGAAUGAACGGCACAGAAAUCGUGAGGCUGGACGCGAGCGAUCAGGAUCUGCCUGGUGGAAGUAAGGGUGGGGCACCACCGAGGACGGAGGUGACGGAGACUGUUGUGGACGAACGCGGGGUCACGAGGGUUGUCAAGCGUAUCCAAGUGGACACAUCCGGUGCAGCCUCGUCCAGCUGUGGAAGCUGUACAUUGGGGGAUGCCUUCAGAUGCAGCUCAUGCCCUUACUUGGGGUUGCCCGCCUUUAAGCCGGGAGAGAUGGUCCUCAUCCCGGACUCGAUGGAUGAUGACCUCUAGGCGGUAAGGAUCAGUAAGCGCAAGUGUAUCUUUCCGUCUUUUCAUGUAUUCGAUCGACUGUCCGCUUCCUCAUCGUAAUCCUAUCGGCUCUUUCAUUGCG